AAUUUUACAAAGAGAAAACCUGCAAAAUCCAGAACUACACAAUUUGGUGAAAAGCGAUGGGUGAUGGAUACCAUAGACAUAACCGGGGCAAAGGAUUGCUUACUCAUCUUGUUGGUACCGGACAAUAUCCUCCUCAAGGAUAUGCUUAUCCUCCUCAAGGAUAUCCUUAUCCUCCUCCUGGAGGAUACCCACAAGUUGAUUAUCCUCCUCAUGGCGGAUAUCCGCCACCGCCACAUGUUUGUCCCCUGCCCAAUGCUUAUUCUCCGGCAACCUAUCAUGGUGCAUCGGCUCCAUGUAAUCCAGGGCAUGGAGGCCACAAACACGGACUCGGAACAUUCCUUGCUGGAGGUGCAGCGGCAAUGGCGGCUGCAUGUGGCUCUCACCAUACGCCCCAUGGUUACGGGUCUCAUGGUAGUUAUGGGUACUACGGGAAUCAUUAUGGUCGGUAUAAGCAUGGUAAGUUCAAGCACGCAAAGUUUGGCAAGCGCUGGAAGCAUCGAGGGAUAUACGGGAAACACAAAAUGUGGAAAUGAUUCAUGUAUCUGUUAUGUUAUAUGAUUAUAGUUAUGCUUAAUCGGUUAUUCUGAAACUUGUUGGCAUGUACACCUUCAUGUCAUUUGUUGAAACUAUCUUUAAUUGUUGUGGAUGAAUCAAUAAACAACCUCUUUAAU